CCUUCACCUUUCCACUAGACAAACACUUCCCGUCUCCCUCGCAGCCCAGUCCGCUCGAUAGCUCCCUCAAUUGCACCACCAGUACCCUUCAAACCACAAAUCUUGCAUCAGCCGUCACAAUGGGCAAGGCCAAAUAUAUUCUCCUCGACUGCGACAACACGCUCGCCCAGUCAGAGCAUCUAGCUUUUGAGGCUUGUGCCGAUCUGACCAACGAGGUCAUGGAGAAGCACAACAUCGAGACCCGCUACACGGCCGAGUCCCUCCUCGACGACUUUGUUGGCCACAACUUUCGUGGUAUGUUAAAGGGCCUGCAGGCGAAGCACAGCUUCACCAUGACCGACGACGAGCUUGAAGACUUUGUAGAGAGGGAGUUGGGUGCUGUCACCAAGAAGCUCAGCGAGAAGGCUGUUGAGUGCCCAGGAGUGACGAGGGAACUUACCACCAUCAAGGAGCAAGGAUACCCUAUGUCUGUUGUCAGCACCUCUGCAAAGAGCCGCGUUGUGGCUUCCAUCGAGAAGAUUGGCAUCGCCCACUUCUUUCCCAACGAGCAUGUCUACUCAGCCGCCACCUCUCUCAGCCCCCCGAGCUCUAAGCCCGACCCCGCCAUCUACAUCCACGCUUGCAAAGAGCUAGGCGUGAAACCGGAGGAGUGCGUCACUGUCGAGGACAGCAAGAGCGGAGCCACUGCUGCGAUGCGCGCGAACAUUCCGUGCAUUGGCUACGUCGGCAUCUACGGCAUUGAAGAGGGCAAGGAGAAGAUGGAGCAGAUGGCUAAGCUGCUCACCGAGGAGACCAAGUGUGCUGCCAUCAUGUAUGACUGGAGCGAAUUCCAGGACUGCCUCAAGAAGAUUGAGAGCAAAUUGUAGGGUGCAUGAGAAAAAGGCUGGACGAUUGCGGGUAUGCGACAUUCCGGAUGAUGAUGGCGGCAUGAAGACGGCAUGAAGACUCCAAAAUAGACUCAAGAAUAAAAUGGAUCUGGAAAUGGUCUUCGGGUCCUUACCAUAUACUUCGUG